CACGGGCAGGCAGAGCAAGGACCAGUCUGUCCGGGGUUCUGAGCGGAGUCUGCUGUGGGCAGCACACAAAGCGCCCCGUACCGGAGCUGAACCCCACACCGAUCCCAGGAGAGCCCUCCGCAAAGUCCGUUCCUAUGACCGGCUGUCCUCACCUGGACUUGAGCCGCUGUGCCGGAGCUCUCGUGAGCCCGGCACCCAGGAGCCAGACCGGGCCUGCCAGCACCUGCGAGCAGCCUUUUACCCAACAGGGCUUUGCACUCCUAAAGGUCCCCGUUAACAGUUCUGUCUGUCCUUCGAAACACCGCAACUCCUUUAAACCAAGGGCAACAUCACCCCUGAGCCGCAGCCAUUCCCUGCGCACACGGGAAUCAGAAGUGUCGGGCAGACGCUUGGGGCAGAGAGCGCAGAAGAACAAGGCUCGGCUCGGCCCGCCUCUUCCUUCACAACCAGCUCCUUAACAGCAGCUCCUCAAGACAUGGCCUCAAAGAGAGCAUUGGUGAUUCUGGCUAAAGGGGCUGAGGAAAUGGAAACUGUAAUCCCCACAGAUGUUAUGAGAAGAGCUGGGAUCAAGGUGACUGUUGCAGGCCUAACAGGAAAAGAACCAGUGCAGUGCAGUCGAGAUGUUUUCAUUUGUCCUGAUGCCAGUCUUGAAGAUGCCAGAAAAGAGGGACCUUACGAUGUUGUGGUCCUGCCUGGAGGGAACCUUGGAGCUCAAAACUUGUCUGAGUCUGCUGCUGUGAAAGACAUUUUGAAGGACCAGGAGAGCAGAAAAGGCCUGAUUGCUGCAAUAUGUGCAGGUCCUACUGCCCUUCUGGCACAUGGGAUAGGGUAUGGAAGCAAAGUCACCACACAUCCUUUGGCCAAAGACAAAAUGAUGAAUGGAGCACACUACUCCUACUCGGAGAGCCGCGUGGAGAAGGACGGGAACAUCCUGACCAGCCGAGGGCCUGGCACCAGCUUUGAGUUUGGGUUGGCCAUUGUGGAAACGCUGCUGGGGAAGGAAGUGGCUGAACAGGUGAAGGCACCUCUAAUACUGAAAGAGUGAAAUCCUGUCGUGAGAUAGGGACUAGGACAAAUUUAGAUAGAGAGUCUUAUCCUUUGUAGAACAACUGUAAUGUGUACUGUUGUAAAUACACUUUAAUUGUGGGUGAAAUUAGUAACUGUACUUAUCUGAACUGGGAUACCUUAACAAACCAAAGGUCUUCAUUUCUGGAAAAAGAUCCUGUUAGCAAGAAGCUUCAUCACAAAAAAGCAGCCAGCAUCUAAUAAUCCUAGUUAGUUCUUGGAUGGCAUUUAAAAAUCACAUGGAAAAAUGUUUGCUGAGUAAAUAAAAAUGGAGCAUCCCUA